ACCCAUAUUCUAUUGUCUGAAGAGUCGACGUGCUCGUCUAUGGCUUUUCAUUCAGUUGGUAACCGUUUUUCUGGCCAGUUUCUGCCUGUCGCUCGUUAUCCUCGCACCAAACGAUGCGUUGCCACAAAAAUUGCUCUUGCAUCCUGUGUUUAGAACUAACAGGUUGCGAGGCGAACAUACUCGACCAGAAACACGACACCAAUUUUAUUCUAUCGUCGAAGCAACAACAACAAACGGAAGCCAAAAGUUACACGUUCUUCGGCAUGGACGGACCAGUGCGGAUGCAGGAAGAAGACAAAAACCAAGAAGAAUCAAUAAAACCAUAUAUAUCUGAAGAGAAGAAAGUUGGUGAGACGAUUUCAAAUUUACAUAAAUCGAUCAUUUACGUUGAUGAUCAAGAAAAUUGCGAAAAAGUGGUCGCAAAUGAAUUAAUCGACCAAGAAACUAGUUUAACUUCGGUUCAAAAGAGUAACAUCGUAAACGUUCUAUUUAAAAACACUUAUAGUUACGCAACGCAACUUAUAAAUGAUGUUCAACUUCCGGAUUGUUACAGCGACACAGGUUCCGAUGAUUUCCCAUUGGGAAUUGAAGCUUACAUCUACAAUAAAAUAAGUUUCAAGCGAUUAUCAAACAACUCUAAAGGUGAACAUCCGGUUGAUGUGCCCCAAGAUAACCAAAAUAAAGACCAUCAAAUUCCCAGUUCAACUAAAAUCUGUUCCUCCCACGAUAAUCACGGUUCUCCCGAAAGAAUGGUGUCCCCGAAACGAAAACUGGACCACUUUCCACAUCUUUACGUGGCGAACAACGUAAAAACUUCAUCGUUUAGCGAACAAACCGACAAAAAUACCACCACAAAAUGUCUUAUUGAUUCUCAUUAUGGGAAUAGUUCAGGAAAUAUGGUUCCAGAAAGAGAUACUGGACCGAAAGUUGAACCCAUCAUCAACAACAAUCAUAGAUUAGUCGUAGCUCGACCACAUCACCAUGUUAGCGUUCAAGAACUUCGACUACAACGUGCGCAAUGUAACAGUUCAUCAGAUGAAAAUCGAUCUUCGGGACACGCAUCCAUGUCAGAUGCUAGUAAUAAUGGAUCUCCGAAAGGUAUUCCUAAUUGUCCGGAACGUUUAAAUAGUGGGGUUGUGCAAAAACCGGUGCGAACAAGAACUAAUGGUCAACAUAAUCGAUCUAGACAUCGUGCAACACCGGCAAAACUUCAAGUACCAUGGACAGGAAAUGGUGGAUUAGAAGAUAUAAAACUCGCACUUCAACAAUUAACAAUGCGCUCGCAUACCUCCACAAGCACAUACUCUAGCGUAAGUGCCGGUUCAGAAUCUUCAGAACCAGCCAUGAGACGUUUAAUGAGACACUCUUCAUUAGAAACAAUUAACACCAACAUAACAAAUGCCGAUGAAUUCGUUUGGGUCGAUUCCCACAACAGACUCGUUGAACUCCAACAUUUACCAUGGACGAAUCAUUGCAUCUUAAGGGUUUUGCAAACCGGAAGAUGUCGCGAUCAUAUGUCUAGAGUUAGCGUUGAAACGAUCCCAAGAUUAUCGUAUUUAUUACAACGCGCUUUAGUUAGAAUCGGAAGGGAAACGCAAAGAUUAGCUUCAAAUCUCGGGAUAUGCACUAAACACGAUAUUACAUUAUCAUUUAGAAUCGUUCUUUGCCCACCUUUAGCUGACUCUUGUAUCAAAGCUUGUUUAAGAGCAGCUGCUAUGUUAUCAAUGUCCGGAGAUUGUACUUUAAGGCAAAGUAAAUCUUCGAGAGCUGGGCUUCAAAUGCAUGUGGGGAGAUUUCAUCGCUGGAUGACAGAUGUUAAAUUAGCUAGAUUUAUUCAUGAGUAUGCAGCCGUUUAUCUUUGCGCUGGAUUAGAAAACUUGCUAGAAGAAAUUCUAAUGCAAUGUUUACCAUCUGAUUCGGAUGUUACACUUACUGCAACUCUUCUAGAACAUGCCAUUGCUAAUAAUGGAGAUUUAUGGGGGUUACUCCAACCUUACGCUCAUUUAAAUGCGGGAAGGAUCGCUUCAGGUGCUUUGGCUUUACCAAGAUGGGCUUCAGUAUCUAGUGUGGGUUCCAGUAGGGAUUCAGGGAGAGGAUCAGGUCCUCCUGAACCAUCUUUAAUGACGACUUGUGUAGGAUCUUUGAAUGAACUUCAAGAUCUUAUUAGCAGGAUGCAACCAAGAAUUCCUUUGUGCCCAAGAGCUGUUCGGGCAUUGUUUUAUUUUAUGAGGUGUUCACAACUUGAACAUGGGGAACAAGGGGGAAGCUCUGUACAAGAAUUAUGUUAUGAAAGAGCAUAUGUUGUACUUCCUCCAUUAGUUGAAUGGCUUCGCGUUGCAACUGCCCAUGGGGAACAUAGAUAUGCAGCUAUUUUAGAUAAAGAUGAUAUCAUGCAAGCAGCCCGAUUACUUCUACCAGGAGUUGAUUGUCCAGUAAGACCGUUUGGUGAAGAAGCAGUUCGAGUUAGACGUUUAACCGGAUGCGAAGAUGAUCACAUUGAAGCAACAAGACAAAUACACGUUGAGUUAGCUUUUAGAUUAAUGUUAACUGGACGACCAGAACUCAUCCAACAAGCCAUACCUUUACUACCUUCUUCAACAAGACUUGAUACAUUAGACCAACAAGGACAUACAGCUUUAAUGUUGGCCACUUUAAACAAUGAUGAUAUUACAUUAACUGUAAGUUACAAAAAUAUUUUAUCAUUACACAAAUUGAUUGCGUUUCAGGCUUUAUUAGAUGCUGGUGCUUCAGUUGACGCGGAAACCCCGCCAAGUGCAACACCCGGUUUUUCAGCAAUAAAUGGGGAGACUCAACAUUGGACAGCCCUUUCAUAUGCAGCGGCAAAAGGACAUGUUAGAUGCGCUAGAUUGUUGCUAGAAAGAGGUGCUAGUGUUGAAGGGGGAGCACAAUUAUCAGAAGAUAAGUGCACUUUAACUCCUUUACAACUUGCGUGUAGCAGUGGAAGUAACGACCUUGUUUCUCUUCUCUUAAUAAACGGAGCUCAUCCCUUUUUAUCAACCCAAAUAAAAGACAGUUUGUGUUACUCACAAUCUGCUCAAAGAGGUUGUUAUAGUGCCAUAUCUGUAGCUGCAGCACACGGUCAAAGAAGUUUAUUGCAAAAGUUAUUAUCGCAACCAAUGACUUCUGUAAAUAAAGAGGUUUUAUCGCUGGAAGAGAUGUUGGCGGAAGGUGCCGCGACAAAUCGAUCGAGUCCUUCAAAUGCCACCCCAGAAUUUAGCAAAACCCAAAUUAAAUCAUUACAAGAAGCCAUGUAUCAUAGCGCAGAAAAUAAUCAUCUCGAUAUUACAGUUGAAAUUAGAUCUUUGGGAAUCCCAUGGACUUUACAUUGUUGGAUGCAUUCUUUAAGCGCGGCUCAUGAAGCUCGAUUAGAUUGCGUUAUCGAUCAGCUUUUACAAGAUUUUUUACAAGUUUGUCCUGAUGAUUAUAGUUCGCAAUUUGUACAAGAAUGUUUACCAUUACUUUUUAACAUAUUUAGAUAUAGCAAAAAGGAAGGAACAACUUUAUUAUUGGCAGAUAUUUUCUCGACGUGUUUCGGAUGGGAACCAAUUAAACCCAUCAAAGAAUGCACACUUUCGAAUCCAUCAAGUUCUAGAAUCGAUCCGAAAUAUGUUAAUAACCCCGAGUUAAGCGACGUUACAUUUCGCGUUGAAGGAAGAUUAUUUUACGCGCACAAAAUCGUUUUGGUGACGGCAAGUCCAAGAUUAAGAGCGAUGUUAAGUUCGAAAUUAUGUGAAGGUGGACUUCCAACUGUGCAAAUUAAUGAUAUUCGAUAUCAUAUUUUCCAAAUUGUAAUGCAAUUUUUGUAUCAAGGAGGUUGCCAGACUUUGGAACCUGCCCCUGAAGAUGUAUUGGAGUUAAUGGCAGCAGCAAAUUUUUUUCAGUUAGAUGGUCUUUUAAGAUAUUGCGAGAGCAGAUGUGCCGCGAUGUUAGCUUUGGAUAAUGUUGUUUCGAUGUAUAUUCACGCAAAAGUUUAUAACGCUAUGCAAUUAUUAGAAUAUUGCCAAGGGUUUUUAUUGCAAAAUAUGGUUGCACUACUUACUUAUGACGAUUCGGUAAAAAGACUACUUUUUGCUAAAAAGCUGCCGAAUCACGAUGUUUUAACAGGAUUACUUCACACCUUACAGAAUCGGAUACAAAAUCGAAGAGGUCAAAGUUCCAAAAUGCAAUCAAGCGUUUUAAAAUAAAUUCGACUGAAAUUAUUUUCUUGUAAAUAGGCUUAUUUUUUGUUAUUCC